GAGAUCUAUGCACGGCCCUGCGGAUAAGUUCUAAAAUCCAACAUGGCUACCUGAUAUGUAGCAGACGAUAUAGGUGCCAUGAAAAAUUGUAAAUAAAAUUCAUUUUUAGCUUUAAUUAUGAGUGGACGUGUACAAAAGGAAUGUGACGAUGAUUCUGAUCGUGUUGACGAUGCGGUGGAUCCUAGAGUACAGAUUGAACUUGAAAGAUUGAACACAGCUACAGAUGAUAUCAAUAAACUCGAAGUAGAUUUGGAUGAAGCAAGGGCCACAUUCAGGGAGUUAUUGUGCGAAUCUACCAUUAAAAUUGAUUCUCUGGCUAAAAAACUUGGAGCCUGUAUUGAAAAAUCUAGACCCUAUUAUGAUUCUAGAUUUAAAGCAAAAGAAGCUCUACAGGAGACACAAAAGGCUGCGAUUAGAUUUGAAAGAGCCAACAGUCAACAUGCAGCUGCCAAAGAAAUGGUAUACCUAGCAGAAGAGGGACUAAGAACGGAAGGGAGAUGUUUUGAUCAUGCAUGGCAGGAAAUGUUAAAUCAUGCAACAGCUAGAGUUAAUGAAUCAGAGCAUGAACGAGCUCUAUCUGAGGCAGAGCAUAGACAUACGACUGCGUUGUACCAUAAAGCGGAACACGAAGUUCAAAGAUUACAAAGAGAAUUAAAACGUGCAAUUGCCAAGUCAAGUAUGGGUGCACGUCGCAGCUUGCUUCUGAUAAACAGUAUCGCCUACAGGCACAACUUGCUCAUGUUGCCUUAUUAUGAAAUGAAAGCACAUUUCAAUCAAAUGUUAGAAGAACAAAAGAUGAAAGUUAGUGUAUUGGAGAGAUCAGUUGGCGAAGCUAAAAUGACAUAUGCAGAAGCUUUGAGAAAUUUAGAACGUAUUAGUGAUGAGAUACAUAAGACGAGGCAAUGCGACACUUCAGAUGAUUAUGGAAAGCAUAUACGAGAUGCUACAGAUCCUUCCUCCAUGCAGACAAAUACAGCAACUCCAACUGAUUCAAGUAUAACUGGUUCACCAGAUAGUACAGAUUAUACUAGUGAUGAAUAUUUGCGCCUCUCUGAUAGAAUGAGUCCAAGUACUCCUUGUCUUGUGCCUACCAAAAUUGAGAGGAAUCCAUCCUCUGAAUAUUUGGGCCUAAAUAAUAUGAAUCUUUCAACUUCUGAACCUCGGAAAUAUAUAAAGAGAGACCGUCCGCGAAGCAUCGCCACAACUGACACGAAACAUAUCGUACAAUUAAAUCAUACAAGUUCUUCUACAUCUCGUUUAUCUGAUCUUUCUAAUAUUAUAUCUCCUAUCGAAAAGAAGGUUAAAAUUCAAUCACCGGUGCGUGAUGAGAAAAGUAACUCUGCAAUGCAGAAUGGCGAAGAAUGGACAGAAAUUAGUUUGAAUAAUUCUCCUGAUGAAAUAUAUUACAAUAAUGACAUCUAUUCUGACGAAGAAGAUCAAAUUCCUUAUAAACCUUUGCCAAUGGAUUUGAGUCCUGAAAUAGUCAAUCUUCCAAUUCUUCCAAUAAAUGUUCAAGUAUUGUAUAAUGAUCAAAAUAUUCGGAAACGGUUAGUUUCACAGAAAUCUUUACCUUCAAUGACACGAACAAAUGAAGUUAGUUUAAGCGAAGAAAAGAGAGCAGAGGUCACAAGAAGUCCAUCAGUAAGAAGUAAGGGUAAACUUGACACUAGUUUAGCCAGUUGGAUUACUCGAAGUUCUGCUGCUAGUGAAAUAAGUGAUGGUAGUUCUGCUAAUUCAAGUAGAAGACAAUCUUUGGAUAUGCUAUGGAGUGGAGGAACAGGAGAACGAGUCAAAGAAUUGUUAAAUCAUGGAAUGAUGAUGCUAAACAUAUCCGGUCUAACAGAGCGUCGUUCUAGCGAACCAAAAACAAGUGAAAGAGAUAAAGAGAAAUCUGAAAAAUCAGAAUCGAAAGGGAAGAAGGUUCCAAGUCCUUUAGAAAAAACUAUGACCUAUCUUAAUCCGGAUGAAGAAACUUCAGAUAGUGAAAGUUUAGCCAGUGUGGAGAUGUUAACAGAAGAUCAAAUAUCAUCUCUAAUGAUGGAACCUGAUAUGAAUCAAGUUUGCCAAGAGAUUCUAGGUACACCAUUGGUAGAAGUCUGUCCUUUAUUGCAACAGCUUCAGCAACAACAGUAAUGUUCUUUUUCUUAAUAAUAUUGACCUCAUUUUAGUAAAUUAGG